AUGUCGAAGGAAAAUCGAUCCUCCGUUCGAAGAAACCCUCAAAGCGAAACGAACGAGAACGAAUUGGAACCAUGGCAGAACCCUAUCAACUUUCCACCUCCUCGAACUCCUCUGAACUCCAUACCGGACCCUUCUCAAUGUCAGGAGCACGAACCUGCUCGCCCCGCUCGGUUAGGGAGCGCCACUCCCAGGCUCUCUGGUAGGACCGGGAAGCCGCACUCCGAACCUAACUCCGCGCAGAGCACGCCGUCUAGAAACGCUUCCAGGGUUUCUCUCGGCGGAGGAAGAGCGAGUGCGUGCGCGUUCCUCAAGGAGACCGAAUUUUGCGUCAACGUUCCGCAUUUUGAGCUCAAAGACGAUCCGUCGUACUGGACGGAUCACAACGUGCAGGUUCUGAUUAGGAUUCGACCAUUGAGUAAUGUGGAGAAGGUUUCCCAAGGGCAUGGUAGGUGUUUGAAGCAGGAAAGCGCGCAAACUUUGGUGUGGCUCGGUCACCCUGAAACCAGAUUCACCUUUGAUCAUAUAGGAUGCGAGACCUUAUCCCAGGAAAAUCUGUUCAGAGUUGCUGGAGUGCCCAUGGUGGAGAAUUGUUUGUCUGGUUACAACAGUUGUAUGUUUGCUUAUGGUCAGACGGGUAGUGGCAAAACGUAUACCAUGAUGGGCGAGAUUAAGGAAACAGAAGGAUACCUUACAGAUGAUAGCGGGAUCACGCCAAGAGUUUUUGACUACUUGUUUAUGAGGAUUAAAGCGGAAGAAGAGAGCAGGAAGGAUUACAAGCUGAAAUAUAGUUGCAAGUGUUCCCUUUUGGAGAUAUACAACGAGCAAAUAACUGAUCUUCUUGAGCCUUCAUCAACCAAUCUGCAACUCAGAGAAGAUUUGAAGAAGGGGGUAUAUGUUGAAAACCUUACUGAACAUAGCGUGGACACAGUUUAUGAUGUUCUCAGUCUUUUGUUACAGGGCACUAUGAAUAGGAAGGUGGCUGCUACUCAUAUGAACUGCGAAAGUAGUCGGUCUCACAGUGUUUUCACUUGUAUUAUUGAAAGCCAAUGGGAGAAAGAUUCUAUGACUCACUUUAGGUUUGCCAGGUUAAAUUUAGUAGAUUUGGCUGGUUCUGAAAGGCAGAAAAGUUCUGGUGCAGAUAGUGAACCCCAUGGGAAGCCUAGGCAUGUACCGUACAGAGAUUCACGACUUACAUUUCUUCUUCAGGAUUCUUUAGGUGGAAAUUCAAAGACAAUGGUCAUAGCGAAUGUCAGCCCAUCCAUUUGUUGCGCUAAUGAAACACUAAGCACUCUGAAGUUUGCCCAGCGAGCCAAGCUUAUUCAAAAUAACGCAAAAGUGAAUGAAGAUGCUUCUGGUGAUGUAAGUGCACUGCAGUGGCAAAUUCAACAAUUGAAGGGUCAACUGUCCUUUCUGAUGAAACAUAAAUUUUGCCCAACCUCAGUAACAAAUUUAGAGGCACAUUCUGAAAACUUAAGGUUGAUUGAAAUGUCAGAAGAAUAUGACUCUUUGGGAGAAAGAGAAACAGCAGAUCACAAGGUACUUGUUCCAAGCAAAGAGGUUAGUUUUAUGGCAGUUAUGGUUCGACAAAGGGAAGAGGACUUUCAUCAUACUUCAAGUAUGCUAAGACAUUAUAAGGAGAAAAUCAAACAACUUGAGUUAUUGGUAGAUGGGAAACUGUCUGCUGAGAAGUAUCUCAUGGCGGAAAACAGGGCUUUACAGGAGGAGAUUCAGUUGCUUAAAGUGAAAAUAGAUAAAACUUCAGAAUUAUCCACACUGGCUUUGGAGAAUGAUAGACUUUUGCAACAACUUCGACUGCCAGUGACUCAUUUUGCAUCCGUUCUUAUUACCAGAUCUCAAAACUUAUAUGAGCAUGGAGAACGGGAAAGAUUGCUGACGGAACUAUCUGAAUUGCGUGAUCAGGUUCUUAACACUUCGUUUGAGAAUUCUGAUGAAAUUCUAAAGACAGAAAAAUGUUCAUUGGUUGAGACAAUAUCCAUAAUAAGUGAUUCUGAAGAUGAAGUUCCAUCCUCUAAAUGGGAAGCUGAUGCUGUUUUUGAAAAAAAUUUUCAAGCAAAUGCUUUGGGAGCCUCAGUAAUGGCUUCUAAAGACACUGAAUAUAACAGCAACAAUGAGUUAAAGGAAAAAUUAGAAAAAAUGAGCAAGGAUCUUGAAGAAGCGAGGUUACUUAAUGACCAAUAUCAAGAGAAGUGGACAAUGCAGUUAUCUCAAAAACGGCAGACUGAAACAAUCUGCCAAGAAGUUGAGAUGGAGACUACCAAUACAAUUCUUCAUUUACAGGAAGAGGUUGCCCAUCUUCAAUCAGAGUUUGAAGAGAGGUUAUGCACCAUUGCUCAAGAAAAUACAGAGCUAAGAAAUAUGAUUGCAGAAAAAGAAGAGGAAGUCAAGUCACGGUGUUUCGACUGGGAAAAAGCAAUAUUGGAACUGACAACCUUCCUUCUAGAAGGCUCAAGAUCUCUCAAAGACGCCUGUGGUCAGGUAAAAAGCAUUUCUUGUUCAUUUCCCCAGAUUAGCGAGCAUGUUGGCAUGGCCGUCAAAAAGUAUAUUGAGAAGGAGGAAACAAUUCAGCAGCUACAAAGUAGCUUGGAGGAUGCACAGAAGAUGGUAUUGGACAUGGAGCUGAAAAUAAGUUCCUUAAGGGAAGCAACUGUAACCUUAAAUGCAUUUCAACUGAUAGACAAGAAUGAAGGUAGUGUGGAGGCAAUUGAAUUACAAGUGUUGUUAAAUGAGAAGACCAAUAUGAUAAGGAUGCUAGAAAAUGAAAUAAAUCAUAAAAACAAUCAAAUUUGCAAAGCAACUAAACAAGCUGAUGCUGCAUUCCUUGUAGCAAAAUGGCUCUCUGAUUGUUAUAAUGUAGCUCACAUGAAUGGUGAUGUUCAAGAUGUUCCCAUUCCUGAACUUGACGUGCAAGUCGAACUUGGAAACUGUACUAUUUCUGAGAAUCAAGAUGUCCAAAAUAAUUUGAUACUGAAUGAUCUUAAGGUUCAAGUGGAAUUAAUUAAACUCGAGGUACUGGAGAUUGAGGAUGCUGUAAAAGCGUCUUUUGUUGAUACAGAAAUACGGAUAGAAGCUUUCCGAACUGGUGUCUCAGGACUUACUUCUGCUUACAGAGACUUGAUUCAGGACAUUGUCAAGGAAACUCGGGAUAUGAGGAAAGAAAUAAGUGAUAUAAAGAUGUAUAAGAGAAGUUCUGAGGGUUAUAAAGUAGAUUUCUUGACAUCAAAUGUAAAUAAAUGUCAGGAGUUUGCAGACCAACAUCACACACUGCAUCAGAUAACAGAGCAACUUCUUGAAGUGAAUAGAAGAUUGAAUGUGAUAGAGAAUUUUAUGAACAUAGAAGCAGAUGUGUCUAGCUUGCAAUUAGUUGACGUGGAUGAAGAUCUCAUAAAUGCUGAUGAAUUGAGUGCUGAUAGUUCUUCAGCUUCUGAUUUAUCAACUGAAAUUGACAACUUUGCUUAUCAACAAUUGGUAAAUCUAAAAUCUGAAAGAUCUGUUGUAAUUCAAUCUGAUGAUUGCAAAUCAUCAAAUUCCGGAAAACUAGUGGAAAGGCCAAUUCUCAAUGGAGCAGUGGUGUCCUCUCUGAGUAAAGAAUUAAAUGACUCAUAUGAUGGCUUUCAAAGACUGUAUCUUCGUUUGUCUGCACUCCUUCAAGAAUUGGAUGAUGGAUCCUGUUCUUACUUGAAAGAACUGAAAAAGGAGGGUCCAUUUUUCCAGUUGAGCUUGCAGAAAGAUGAAGCUGGUAGUGAGAAUGACAGAGAGGUAUUGGGUUGUAGGGAGAUUAAGCCUGAUGAUGGCUUUUUCACCAAAUUUUUGGAAGCUCAUGCAACAGUGAAGGAAGCUGAUCUUACACUGCAUGCAUUGACGAAAGCAUAUGAACAUUCAAAACAGUUGACUGCUAUGUGGAAGCAGUCUGGUGAAAACUUGAUGAUUGAGAGAGCAAGCUUGGAAGAAGAGAUUCAAAAACUCAAAUCUUCAAUUUGUCAUAAGGAAGAAGAGAAUCAAUUACUAAAGGGCAACAUCCAUUUCAGUUUGGUAGAGAUGGAAAAUUCAGUUUCUAUGCUAGAAGAGCAAUUCUUGCAAAUGCAAACUGAUAUGGAGAAGAAAUUUUUGACAAUGUAUUCUGAUAUUCUUCUGACGGGGCAAGAGAUGCUAUAUUUUAUGAGCAAUCUGAGGUCCUUGGUAGAAGAUAUUUGCUCUCAGAUGGUGGAUGGAGGGUUUGCAUCUUUUGUUCUGUACAAUUGCUGUGUAACAGAGUUUGUCAGUAAAUAUGCCUGCACCAGUGUGAACCAUGAUUUACAAUCAGCUAGACAAGGGGAAUUGCAUAAUUUUCCAAAAAUUUGUUCUAGUGUUGCAGAGCCUGUAAUAAGAACAGGUAAUGAAGUUGCAGUGAAAAGAGAGCAAUGUGUGUUAACCCAGAAGGUGCAUGAACAGCCAGACUUGCCCAAUGCCAACAUAUUAUACGAAAAUAUGGCUCUUAGAAAAGAGUUAGAGAGGAAACAAGUGUUAUUAGAUGGCUUACUUUUUGACUUUAGGCUUUUGCAGGAAUCAGCUUCUAACAGCAAGGACAUUAAGGAUCAGACUGAGAAGUUAAUAUUUUCUCUUAGCCAAGUUCGGUACGAUCUGGAGAUUAAAGCAAGUCAGCUUGAUGAUAUACUGGUUCAAAACAUAAAACUUGAAGGUUCUCUUGUUAAUACUGAGAAGGCCUUAACUACAUCAAAAUAUGAGCUUAAACUUGCUAAAGAAUCAAUUGAGAAACUUUCUAACCAAAAUGGGGAGUUAAAGGAGCUUCUGAAAGAAUUAUAUGCCAACAAAGCUGAAGCUGAAGAGAAAUUGGAUGAACAUAAAGAGGUGAUUAGAGGUUUGGAAAAAGAAAUUACUAAUUUGACAGCCUCACUGGAAAGCCAAUCACUUUCCUUGUUUGAAAGCAUUGAGGAUGAACUAAACCAGGUGAUAAUAGAGAGAGACCAACUCCAUGAAGAAGUUGGUAUCUUGAAUGGUAAGCUUGAGAUGGCUUAUUCCUUGGCUGACGAAAAGGAAGCUAUUGCCACGGAAGCACAACAGGAGUCAGAGUCUUGCAAGCUGUUUGCUGAGCAAAAGGAAGAGGAAGUCAAGAUUCUGGAACAUUCUGUUGAGGAGCUUGAGUCUACCAUAAAUGUUUUAGAGAAAAAGGUACAUGAAAUGGAUGAGGAGAUGACAAGACAUCGUUCUAUUAGUGAUUCACUAAGAAUGGAACUCCAAGCUUUGAAAGACAGAUUAUUGUUAGUUGCCAAGUUUCCCAAGAAUGCUGAUUCAGAAAGCACAAGCCUUGAAACUGAUGAGCAAAUAACAUGUAAAGUACUGGAACUUCAUGAGGCACUAAGUAGGAUAAGGUUUCUUGAAAAGGAAAAUGCGGAACAAGAUAAAGAGAUUAAAAAGUGCAAAGAGUAUAUAUCCGAAAUUGUGUUGCAUGCUGAAGCACAAGCAUUGCAGUACCAACAGAAGUACAAGUGCCUGGAGUCCAUGUUCCAUGAAGUGAAAACAGAAAUGUCAAAUUCAACGUCAGCUGUACUAGCAUCCGAGAAAAAUGAGAAAAGCUCCGUGAGGACAAGGGGUUCGAGCUCACCAUUCAGAUGCAUUUCAAACCUUGUGCAACAGAUGAAUCAGGAGAAAGAUCAAGAACUGUCAGUAGCAAGGCUCCGUGUGGAAGAACUAGAAGCAUUUGCAGCUAGCCGGCAAAAGGAGGCCAUGUAUAGAAAGGUAUUCAUGCUACAAACAAGGCUGGCCGCUACGGAAAACAUGACUCAUGAUGUUAUCCGGGACCUUCUUGGUGUAAAAUUGGACAUUACCGACUAUGCAAAUUUGAUAGACGAAAACCAAAUUGUGAAAUUAGUGGAAGAGGCUCAGCAUCAUAGAGAAGAGUUCUUAGCAAAGGAAAAAGAGAACCUCGAUUUAAGACUGCAGAUAAAUGAUCUCGUUGAAGAAAGAGAAAGCUGCAUAUCGGAACUGAAAACCAAAGAGGCAGAUAUACUUGCCACUCAGAUAGCAAUGCAGCAACUGCAAGAACGAGAUCAGUUGCUUUGUGCGCAAAAUGAAAUGUUGAAGAUGGACAAGACCAAUCUCUUGAGGAAGGUUGCAGAAUUGGAUGACGCAGUGAAAACACUAGACAAGGGCGCUUUAAAUACGGGUAACGUUGGAUUCAGUAAAAGGUUGUCUCAACCCGAACGACGUCUUUCGCGUCUUAAUGACGAACCUGCUCGUUUCCGCAAAUUUGCUGGUAAUUCACAAGGCUAA